AUGUUUUCAUCUGGUGAAACUCCAGACACCCGUAGACGGGUUCUAAAACGUGCGCAUUCGGAAGAAAUUUUGGAAAGAAUCCCGCCCAAUUCUGAUAGACUUUUUGAGAAUUUACCCUGGUUAAACAUAAUGGCAGAUAUAGCUCUGACCGCUGCUAUUGCAGAGAUAAAGUUUAAACGCAUGCUGAACAAAGAGCUCUCCCAUUUCUCAGAGUCCAGCAAAUCAGGAAACCAGAUAUCAGAAUAUAUUUGUUCUACUUUCUUAGACAAACAGCAAGAGUUAGAUAUACCAACCCUUCGCCUAGAUGAAGAAAAAGAAGCCCCCAAACAGGCUCAACACAAGGAGCGAACCCGCGGAGCGCACACCACCAUGUCCCAAAUUUCCGGCGUCAACAGGAAGUUGUGUCACACAAACUCCUUCACCGGCGAGCGUCUGCCCACUCACGGAGUGGAGACCCCGUUCGAGGAGGAUUUGGGCAAAUGCCUGGGCGAAAUCGACAGAUGGGGCAUCGACAUCUUCCGCAUCGGCGAGAUGAGCAACGGCAGGCCGUUGACGUGCGUCGCUUACACGACGUUCACCAGCAGGGAUUUGAUGAAGCACAUGAUGAUCCCGCCGAAGACCUUCAUCACUUUCAUGAUGACGCUCGAGGAUCACUACUGCAAGGACAAUCCGUUUCACAACUCGUUGCACGCCGCCGAUGUAACGCAAAGCACGCACGUGCUGUUGAACACUCCCGCUUUGGAGAGCGUUUUCACUCCUUUGGAGAUAACCGCAGCGUUGUUUGCCGCCUGCAUACACGACGUCGAUCAUCCUGGUUUGACCAAUCAGUUCUUGAUCAACUCCAGUUCUGAAUUAGCUUUGAUGUACAAUGAUGAGAGUGUCUUGGAGAAUCAUCAUUUAGCCGUCGCGUUCAAGUUGUUGUCUAACGAGGGUUGCGACAUGUUUAUUAAUUUAUCAAGGAAACAGAGGCAGACCCUGCGCAAGAUGGUGAUAGAUAUGGUUUUGAGCACAGACAUGUCGAAGCACAUGAGUCUCUUGGCGGACUUGAAGACGAUGGUCGAGACGAAGAAAGUGGCCGGUUCGGGCGUGCUGUUGCUCGACAACUACACCGACCGCAUCCAAGUGCUGGAGAACUUGGUGCACUGCGCCGACCUGAGCAACCCCACCAAGCCCUUGGUGCUGUACAAGCGCUGGGUGGAUCUGCUGAUGGAGGAGUUCUUCCAGCAGGGCGACAAGGAGAGGGAGGCCAAGAUGGACAUCAGCCCGAUGUGCGACCGUUUGUCGGCCACCAUAGAAAAAUCGCAGGUCGGCUUCAUCGACUACAUCGUGCACCCGCUGUGGGAGACGUGGGCCGACUUGGUGCACCCGGACGCCCAGGAUAUCCUCGACACUUUGGAGGAGAACCGCGACUGGUAUCAGAGCGCGAUCCCGCCCAGCCCGCCGGCCGAGGAGGCCGCCGAUGCGCAACGGCCCGGCAUCAGGUUCCAGGUCACGUUGGAGGAGGGAGACGGGGAGAGCGAGGAGGGCGCUCCGAUGUGA